AUGGCCCCCUCGAUCCGCUCCUUCCGUGGCACGCACCCACCGAGCAGCUACAGGGACCCGCAACUGUCGCCCACCCUCAGCGCCACCUCGGUCGGGACGAGUGCGAGCCAGCUGCGAGCCGACUUUGGAGAUGAGGGCGGGCCGAGAGUGAUUGUGACCAGGGCAGACCUCCGCGAGUCGGUGUCGGCCUACGAGUCGCUCCUCUCGACCUCCAAGGCGUACCGCAACGCGCUCAUCGCCCUCUCGACUGCUUCUACGGCACUGGCGGGCGCCAUGGGAGAGUGCGCGCGGGUCAAGGGCGCGGGAGACGCCGGCGAGGGCUUGCUCGCCGCGAGCGGGCUCCACUACAUGGUCGCCAACUCGGGCCAGGUCCUGAGCGACACGCUGUACCGCUCGUUCGAGGUCCCGCUCAUGACGGCGUACGACUCGUACGUGGCCGACAUCGCCGCACGACACGCCGAGUACGAGGCGCUCCUCAAGGAGAAGACGACCAAGAUCCGCGAGACCGAGGCCGAGAACCUGCGGAACGGCAAGAAGAAGACUCGCAACCUCGACCAGUUCCGGGCGGCGCUCGCCAAAUUGACUGAGCAGGUCGCCGAGGUCGAGGUCUGCAAGAAGAGCUACUACUCGGAGGUGCUCACGGGCGAGACGGAGAUGUGGAGCAUGAUCGGCGGCAAGGUCUCGCUCCUCGUCCGCUCGACGCUCGACCUCGCCGACCGACUCGCCUCAAAGGCGACGACCGACCCCGUCAUCGAGUCGAUGCUCAACGAGCACCCUGAUCCUUUCGACUCGUACCGCCUCGACCGCGCCGAGGAGAAGGCCGUCCUCACGAUCCUCCCGCCGAUGAAUCUCGGCACGGGCCCGUCGAGCGCGGCCAUGAGCAAGAGCAACAGCGCAGCAGACGUCCUCCCCAAGGACGGUCGUCAGCGCGCCCAAGGCGCAACGACGAGCUCGCCGACGCCGAGGCAGCUCGUCAACGCGCCCGUCUCGGUGUCGGACGUGCUCGGGCUCAACGAGCGCGACGACGACGACGAGCCCGCGUCGAGGCGUGUUCUGCCCCAGCACACCGCGCCGACCCAGGACGACGCCGGCUCACGAUCGUCACCGAGCAGCGGCCGCCACUCGCGCCGACCGUCGCAUGAUCCUGCUCCCGCCGCCGAGCCUGCGACCUCGUCCGCCUCUUCUUCUCCCGCCCUCAUCGCCACCGACUCGUCCGCCCUGCCCAGCUCCUCGUCCAUGGCGACCGCAAACCCUUUCGACGCACCCUCGCUCCUCACCGACGAGUCGGCGCCGUUCCUCACCUCGUCCGCCGUCGCCUCGACCUCUUCUUCCGCCGGCACCACCGCGAGGGCGAGCAAACCGCCGCAGACGUCGCCGCGCAAGGCGGGUCGACGACGGCUCUCGCGCGUGAGCGAGGGCAACGACGCGUCGGCGGAUCCGAUGGCGGGCGACUGGGGCGCGCCGGUCUACGGGCGGUCGUUGUCGCCGGCCAUGAACGGCGGGAGCGGGUACGACAGCGGCGAGGAGGACCCGAACGGCUGGCGCGGAUGAGCCCUCUCGUCGAAUCGACCCUCGCCCCUUUCCGCCGUCCCCCUCACGUUCGCCUUUCCCCAUCAGUC